GAGCAACGAAUUGAAUUUGACAUUUGAAAACUCAUCCGUCAUCGUUCGUUGUUGGUUCUUGUUUGGUCUAUUUUGCGUUGAGUAGUUUUUACAAUUUAGUUACAAAAGUAACUCUUACUUUAUCCUAUAUCAAAAUGUUCCGUAACCAGUACGACAGUGACGUCACAGUAUGGAGUCCUCAAGGGCGUCUCCACCAAGUAGAAUAUGCUAUGGAAGCGGUGAAGUUGGGCUCAGCCACUGUAGGGCUCAAGAACAAGCAGUUUGCGGUCCUCAUAGCUCUGAAGAGGGCCGUGAGCGAGCUGUCUGCCUAUCAGAAGAAGAUCAUACCUAUUGAUGAUCAUAUUGGAAUUUCUAUUUCGGGUUUGACAGCUGAUGCUCGAAUGUUGAGUCGUUUCAUGCGUACGGAAUGCCUGAAUCACCUGUACGCUCACGAUGCCCCGAUGCCAGUUGGGAGAUUGAUUGGUCUUGUUGGAAACAAGAUGCAAAUUUGCACGCAAAGAUAUGAUAAACGUCCACUCGGAGUAGGCCUCUUGGUAGCUGGCUACGAUGAUCAAGGCCCCCACAUUUACCAGACGUGUCCAUCAGCCAACUACUUCGACUGCCGUGCCAUGGCCAUCGGGGCUCGUUCGCAGUCAGCCCGUACUUACUUGGAGAAACACCUCAAUACGUUCUUGGACUGCGAUCUGAAUGAUUUGGUCGCUCAUGGACUGAGAGCCUUGAGGGAUACCCUGCCGAAUGAAGUUGAUCUUAAUACUAAGAACGUAUCGAUCGCUAUUGUCGGUCCCAAAACGCCCCUCCGCAUAUGCGAGGAGACGGAGCUGGCCCGGUUCCUGACGCUGGUGGAGGGGGAGGAGCGGCGUGGCGGGACAGCGAGCGCUACCGGGGACGCGGGGCCCAUAGACAAGGACCCCCCGGGGGACGACCAGGACAGAGAUCCGCAGGUGGCGGUUGCCAUGGAGACCGAGUAAGCUUCGAAGCUCCGUCUGAAGAAGACGCCGAAGCUCCACAAUUCAACUUUACAAGGAUUUCCCUUUGGUGGACGGAGCUGACGCGCGUAUCGCCUUCCCUUUCCAACCUGUUCAAAGAUCCGCCGUGGCCAGUGUCUGUCUCUCUCUUCACAAUUUAACUUUGUUUUUGCUUAGCGCCAUACUAUAAUUAUAAUUUGACCAACUUAUAUUAAUGUUUAUCAUGAAUUUUGAAACAGUAUUAUGAUUCGUUUCUGCAGUAAAAAUAAGUAUAAAAUUUUAAUUUCUUUUUUACAAUAUACCGUUAAUACUAAUUGUAAUUCUUAAUUACGGCGAAAUUUCAUUGAAAUACAAUUAUUAUUACUUUUAUAAGUUACAUCGAUGCGCCUGCGCAGAAGGCAAAUUUUUGCAUGGCGCUUAAAUAUUUGAGUGGUAGAGCCUAUCAGAGCGCCUAUUUUCUUCCGCAACCUGAACUGUCCGCUUCAUGAGCGAGAUAUCAGGAGACAUUUUGUUUUGGAUUUUAAGUUUAAUGUCCCUAUAAGUAUUGAGUUUUCAUUGGGGUGGUUUGUGCCGUCUACUAUUGCCAAUGCGAUUUAUAAAAGUGAUAGUAAAUAAGUUCUGCACCUAAUUAUAACAAAAAUGUAAUGUAUAUCUAUUUUUUUUUUAUUUUGCUGUGAGUAGCAGUAACAGUCACUGGCCACGGCGAUCAAAAUAUAAUGUUUUCAAUAAUUUUAAUGAUUUUUGUCCUUAUUUCUAUAUAAAAUAAAACACACUUUAAAUAUC